GAAACCUUGCUCUUUUUUUCUCUUUUUUUUCUGAACGAUGAGAAAGGUCUUUCGCUUCAUCUCAAACGGAAAAAGCUGUCCUAUUUUUUCCUCCAGUUUAUCAUUAUUAUUGUUGCAUAUUGCAGCCACUUCUUUCGCUUUUUUUUCUGAACUUUGUUUAUCUCAACUCUUUGCUUUGCUCUCUCUUGUUAUUAGCAAUCUUCCUUUUUCUUUUGAGGAAGAUUCAUAAAACGCCUCCGGAAUUUUUAUAUCGGCAACACAUUUUUGUACCUGAAGCAGAACUUCCGCAUUGAGUCUCGAAGCAAGCUGACAAUGAAGUCCUUUCUUGCGGCAGUUGUUGGAUUUGGAGGUGCGAGCCUGUACCAGUCGCACUCAAAGGUUGAAGCGUGGGGCUUUCUCAACAAACCCGCGUUUUCGCAGAAGGAUUUCCAGUCGUACAAGCUGAUCAGUGUGGAGGAGGAAUCGCACGACACGAAGCGCUUCCGCUUCGCUUUGCCCGCUGAUAAGACGCGAUUGGAUCUACCAAUUGCGUCGUGCGUCACGCUGCGCUUCACGGAUGCAAAAGGACAGGAAGUGGCCCGCCCUUACACGCCCAUCAAUCUGGAGAACGAUGAGGGUCAUUUUGACUUGGUGGUGAAGUGUUACCCAGACUCCAAGAUGGGAUCCCACCUCUUCUCGAUGAAACCUGGUGACUCCAUCGAGGCCAAAGGCCCGUGGCACACGUUCGAGGUAAAGCCGAGCCAGUAUUACCAGAUCGGUAUGAUCGCCGGUGGCACCGGGAUCACCCCGAUGUACCAGGUGAUCAAUAACGUCCUCCACGGCCAAGACAACACGACGAAGAUCUCGCUGCUCUACUCAAACAAGACGGAAGGUGACGUACUGCUCGGCAAUGAGCUGGAGGAACUGGGUAAGAAGUUUUCUGGCAAGUUUGCCACCUACUACUGCCUCACGACGGCACCGAAGCGCUGGACGGGCUACACUGGCUUCAUCGAUAAGAAGAUGAUCGAGGAGACGAUGCCCGGCCCGGAGCACGAGGGCGACUCUGUCAUCCUCGUUUGCGGACCGCCGCCGUUUAUGAAGUCGAUCUGCGGCUCCAAGGACUACAACAGCCAUCCGCCAAAGCAGGGUCCGCUGGACGGCUACCUGAAGGAGAUGGGAUACACAGAGAAGGGCGUGUACAAGUUUUAA